AGCUCCACUAAAAAGUUCAAAAAUUUGGAAGUGGAAUUUGCGGGACCGAGUUCGGUUCAGUUGACAUUGGAUUGGGAAGUCCGCUGCCCUCCCGUCGUGUCUGAUACUGUAGCGGCUGCCGAGUUCCAUCUGUCAACAACAAACACGCAACAGUGCUGUCUGCCUCUUGCCGCCGUAGCCAAUCCUGCAAACAACCCUUCAUCAUACAUUGUACCGACAUCACACACACCACACAAAAUGUCCAAGAGAGCCGCCGAAGACGAGAGCCUUGCUGCUCCCCUCAAGGGCGGCGACCGCCCCGAGGCCAUGGAUGUCGAUAAGGACCACGACAUGGGCGAGUUCGAGGACGACUUUGAGGACGAGUUCGAGAGUGAAGACGAGAUCAUCGAGGCCGGUGUUGAUGGCCGCCCAGAUGCCGAGAGAGAGGCUGAGGAGGGCGCCAUGGACGUCGAUGGCGGCCCCGAGACCUUCAUGGUUGGCCGUCAACAGCUCGAGGCCGGCCAGACCCUCACGCCCGAUACCACGACAUACAAGAUGCUUCACAGCUUGAGCACUCCCUGGCCCUGCCUUUCCUUCGACAUCAUCCGCGACGGCCUCGGCGAGAACCGCAAUGUCUACCCUGCCACCAUGUACACGGUCGCCGGUACCCAGGCCGAUGGCGCCCAGGCCAACGACAACUCCCUUCUCGUCAUGAAGUUCAGUGGCCUCAGCAAGAUGCAGGGCGAGGAUGGCGAGGACUCGGACGACGAGGACUCGGAUGAUGAGGACACCGACCCCAUUCUCGAGCACAAGAGCAUUCCCCUCAACACCACUACCAACAGGAUACGCUCCCACCAGUCCCCUGCCCAGGAUCCCUCGAGGCCCCCCACCACCCUAACCGCCACCAUGACCGAGUCCUCCCAGGUGCUCAUCCACGACAUCACCCCCCAUCUCGCCUCCUUCGAUACCCCCGGCAUGAUUGUCACUCCCCAACAGAACAAGCCCGUCUGCACCAUCCGCGCCCACAAGACAGAGGGUUACGGUGUAGACUGGUCGCCUCUCCACCCCGCCGGCAAGCUGCUUACCGGUGACAACGACGGUCUGAUCUAUGUCACCACUCGCACUGAUGGCGGCGGUUUCGUCACUGACACUCGUCCCUUCCGCGGCCACACCGGCAGUGUCGAGGAGAUCCAGUGGAGUCCUUCCGAGGCCAACGUCUUCGCCUCUGCUUCCAGCGAUGGUACCGUCCGUGUCUGGGAUGUCCGCAGCAAGAGCCGCUCGCCCGCUCUCACCAUGAAGAUCAGCAACUACGACGUCAACGUCAUGUCAUGGUGCCGCCAGACCAGCCACCUGCUUGCUACCGGUGCCGACGAUGGUGAGUGGGCUGUUUGGGAUCUCCGUCAAUGGAGCAGCAACCCUUCGGCCAAGCCCGCGCCUCUGGCAAACUUCAACUUCCACCACGAGCAAAUCACCAGCAUCGAGUGGCACCCUACAGACGACAGUAUCGUGGCCGUUGCUGCUGGCGACAACACCGUCACUCUCUGGGAUUUGGCUGUCGAGCUGGAUGACGAGGAGAGCAGAGAUACCGCCGGUGUCUCGGACGUCCCUCCCCAGCUCCUGUUCGUCCACUACCAGAACAUGGUCAAGGAGCUCCACUGGCACCCUCAAAUACCCGGCGCCCUUGUCGCCACCGGCGAGCAGUUCAGCGUCUUCCGUACCAUCAGCGUAUAAACAACAGCAGAAUAGGAUAUCAAGUUUGGGAAACAAUACAAAGGUGUUCAGGAUUCGGAAUCGGUUGGCUUGUGCGGGAGGUCUAGACCAACAAUGCAUCAAAAGUUACUUUUCCAUCUGCUUAUCGAGAUACCCAUUGACCAGCAACCAAGUUGCCAACUCCACGGAACUUGACAACUCCGCGGAUUCCACACAUUUUCCGUGCUCUACUGUGUUGCACCAGCCGACCACAAAGUUUUACCACCGUUGACGCCCCUAUCCGUCGUAUCCGAUGGUUGCCAUCAACACCAAAGUUAGGUUGAUAUCGGAACCGGCCUAAAUCUCCGGUGAUGAGCAAGCCUCCAGUCGACUCCACCUCCUAUGACGUGUGUCUUACGCAUUACCACAGACCGGGUAUAGCAACUGUCGGACAUGCCAUCUCGACACAGAAUGCUUAGGAGGAGGUUUGCGACAGUGACGACCGCGCGGGCAUCACGUCUAUUGCCUCAGAUACUCGUCAUUGGGGGGGCGUCUACCGACAGCUCCACGUCUUCUGCGCGAAUGUUCAUCCAGGUCUGCAUACCUCAAAGAAUAUGGCCUGGAGAGUGGAGGCGCGCUACGCCGUUUUCGGUUGCCCUGCCUUGUUACUGUGAUCUCUCAAUCUUUCUGCUGUUGCCGUUAGCUGACCGAUCUUGGUUGGGUAUGUUGCAAACCUGGUAGCUUUUACAGGCGUUAUCCGGGCUUUGGACGGGAACAACGGAUCACAGCCAUCUCAAGUGCUGUCUAUAGCUAAGACUAUCCUUGCAGCAAGGGAAGGAGGAAAGCAAGAA